AGUGUAACAUUUUGUCAUAGACAGACAUAUACAUACCUCCGCUCAAGUAGCCUAGGCAAGACUUCUUCUGUUUUGCUUCUAGGGUUUUCACAAAGUCGUCUUCGUCUCCUUACCGUAAAGCACUCAUGGUACUCCAAAAUGACAUCGACAUGCUCAAUCCUCCUGCUGAGCUCGAGAAAAGAAAGCACAAACUCAAACGUCUCGUGCAGUCUCCCAACUCUUUCUUCAUGGACGUUAAGUGUCCGGGAUGUUUCAACAUAACCACUAUGUUCAGCCAUUCUCAAACAGUUGUAGUGUGUGCAAAAUGUAACACAGUUCUGUGCCAGCCCGCUGGUGGUAAAGCAAAGCUCACACAGGGAUGCUUGAAGAAAGAAACAUCUUAGGAGAAAUUAAAGAGCAUCGAUGUUAAUCAAAAUCCAGAGCCAUUAAUUACUACGUUAUUAUUCCUUUAUUAUAUUGAAGUGAUAUUUCCUUUCCCCAUAAUCUAUGAUCUUGUAAUCAUUUUCGUAAGAUUUAUUUGUAUUUGCCUGAGUUUUUCUCUGUUUAGUAAUUCUAGGCUCUAGUCAUAUAUAUAUAUUUCUGAUUUCUUUGUUUU